UGAGUAUGUAUUUAUAUCAUCCAAUCGCGCGUCUGUAUUGAAGAGUGUCCUGAAUGACAAAACAAAGAGCAAUGUCGGACGCAGGUUUUAAAUUUGAUCCUCCAAGUUCGGCGAGUUCAGCAUCUGACAGUGGUGAGGAUGCAUUUCGUCCAGAUAGCCCUGAAGAUGGCAAAAAUGUGCCUGCACCUCGAUCGCCAACAAAAGUACCUAAAAGUCCCUCCAAACUUACCCCAGGAAAGAAGAAGGGUAGAGCACCAAGCAGCAGUAAUAAGUCCAGUAACAGAGUAGUGCACACUGCUGGUCGUACAUUGUACACAUCAGGAAGACCGCCAUGGUACAACUUUCAGGGUCAGCUCAAAGAGCCUUUUGUAAUAGGUAUUUGUGGUGGUAGUGCCUCUGGUAAAACUACAGUUGCCAGGAAGAUAAUCGAAGCCCUAGAUGUUCCCUGGGUCAGUUUACUCAGCAUGGACUCUUUCUACAAGGUGCUAAACAAAGAUGAACAUGAAAAAGCUGCAAUGAAUGAGUACAAUUUUGAUCACCCUGAUGCCUUCGACUUUGAACUGCUUAUUGAAACCUUGCGGAGACUGAAGGAUGGGAAAAAUGUUGAAGUUCCCAUCUAUAACUUCAAUACUCACGGUCGGGAAACACACAUGAAAACAAUUUAUGGUGCUAAUGUGGUGAUUUUUGAAGGCAUCAUGAGCUUUGUCAGCAAAGAGCUUCUUAAGUUGAUGGACAUGAAGGUCUUUGUGGACACAGAUUCAGACAUCCGUCUUGCUAGGCGACUCAAACGAGACAUCACUGAUCGUGGUCGUGACUUGGAAGGGGUGUUGCACCAGUAUAAUAAGUUUGUCAAACCGGCAUUUGAGCACUACAUUGAACCUACAAUGAGUUCUGCUGACAUCAUAGUUCCAAGAGGUGGUGAAAAUGAUGUCGCUAUCAAUCUUAUUGUGUUGCACAUACACACCCAACUUCUUAAUAGAGGCUUCAAACUGCGGUCAAAGCUGGCAUCGUCAGCCACCAAUGGACUACCGAUGCCCAGUACUCUGUUUGUCCUAGAUAAGACCCCACAAGUCCAUGGUCUUCACACAUUUAUAAGGAACAAGGAGACACCCCGUGAUGAGUUUAUUUUUUAUUCCAAGAGGCUAAUGCGACUGCUGUUUGAGUUUGCCAUGUCCAUGUUACCAUUCAAAACUGUGAAAGUUGAAACAAGUCAAGGAGGAGUGUAUGAAGGGAAGAGACUGAGUGCGGUCAAGGUGUCUGGUGUGUCCAUCCUGAGAGCUGGUGAAACAAUGGAGCCAGCCCUGUGUGAAGUGUGCAAGGAGAUCAACAUAGGGAAGAUACUCAUUCAGACGAACAUGGACACAGGGGAACCAGAGUUACAUUACCUGCGACUGCCCAAGGACAUCAAGAACCAUUACAUCAUGUUAAUGGAUGCCACUGUUGCCACAGGCGCAGCAGCCAUGAUGGCUAUUCGGGUAUUACUUGACCAUGAUGUGAAAGAAGACAACAUUACUCUUUGCUCCCUACUAAUGGCCCAGUCAGGUGUGCAUUCCGUUGCCUAUGCAUUCCCCAAAGUGAAGAUAGUGACAACAGCUGUUGACAAGGAAGUGAAUGAAAAGUUCCAUAUUUUGCCAGGCAUUGGAAACUUUGGGGACCGUUACUUUGGUACAGACUUUAUGUUUAGCACAGAACAAUACAACUGACCAAUUACUUGACAAAACUGAUUCAGUUGGUGAACUAGCCUCAUGAACACUAGCCAGUCAGAGUAACAAGAGGUUUCCUGCACAGAAGACAGCGGAGUCCUUCUUGACGAGUUAAACAAAUCCUAUCUAUCACCUUGCACUGGAUAAUCAUGCGACAAGAUGGUUGAAGCGGUGUGACCAUGGCAGAGGUAAAUGUUGGUAUACAAGGGAUGGUAGUGUGGCUGUAAACACUGUGUGUCAAACUGCCUUGAACAUGAAUUAAACUUAGAAUUAGAAUAAGAAUAAAAAUAUUAAAGCUCUUGUUAUUAAGUUUGAAAAUUUCAAACAAUAGCAAUCUUACCUGUCUUAUUGCUCGUGCAAUCACAAUUUGUAAAUUACAUAUAUUUUUUACACAAUUUUAUGAACAUUUUCUUUUGGAAUUAGUUGUGUUUAAAUGAUUAAAUGCAAAUUCCACCCUUUUUUUCCGAAACUUAAAUUUUGUUAAUAUUUUUGUCACAUUUACUCUUUUCAUGCUGAUAUGUUAUCACUUAAUCUUCCAAUGUUUUAAUUAAUUGCAAACAGCAAUGCUACUGCUGCUGGUUCUUAGAAUUUCAUAUUGGAAUCAAAUUUUUUUCUCUAUAUAUAUUGUUUGUAGAGAAUGUAUCCAUGCUUUCCAUACUUGCGAAGCCGGUUCCUAUAUAGACCGGAAAUCGUUGCUCAAUCUUCUUAAUCUUUCCGCUUUGUUUCAAUUGUAUCCUCUUGAAUUUAAGUGAUUGAAAGCAAUUCGUUUUCACAUUUACUUAAGUUCUUUUUCUUGAAAAUUGCAUACUGCUGUCAUGUUUUGUGUUUCCUAACAAUUACAGGAAUUUAACUGAAUCUUGGCAAUCCACUUCAAUCUACUCUAACUGGCUUUGAGAACAUACCUGUAUCAUACGUGUCUCAUGACAUUCAUGGAAAAGAUUUCACUGACAAAGUGUCAAUGCUACUGUGCAAAAAUCAUAGUUAUGUCAAUCAGUGUUUUUCACUAUUUGCAUCCAUGCUGUAUGAUAUCAAUUAACUCUGUUGCGAUAAGUUUUUUUUUAUGUGCUUAUUGUUAUCUGUUGCUACGUUUUAAUAUGUACUUUUGUGCAUGUGGAGUGGAUGCAAAUGUUGUUUUAUGUUGCAAUGGUUAAAUGAAGGAUGUUUGCUUUGUGAGUUUUGUAUGGUUGAAAGAUAUAUAUGUGAAAUGAGACACAAGACUUGUAAAUAUGCUGGAAGUAAGGGGGGUAGUUUUUAGCGUUGUAAGUAAAAUCAUGGGUUUUUCCACAAUCACAUACUAGUAUCAGAUUUGAAGCUGGAAUCAAUUUCAUGACAAGGAUUUCACUAAAAGGAUGUUCUUUCACUUUUGUGUAUGUUAGUAGCUGAAGAAUUUCUGAUGUGAGAUAAGGCAAUAUUCAUUCAAGCCAUCUUUCAGUUUUGAAAACUGAAACCUCAUAACUUCAUGUAUUCAUAACCGUUAUUUAUUGCGGAAAAGAUGUGAGUAGUUGUUUGCUUUCGCAGUUUUCUUCAUUGAAAUAAUUAAUGAUCAUUGAGAGUAAAGAUUGUAGAAUUAGUCAUUCUGUUUGAUACUCUAAAGCUCUGUCCUUGUAAGAUGUUGUACGUCAUGAUCUUCGUAAUGAUGACCUGAGUCAUUCACAGAAAGGAUCCCAAGUAAAUACCCUCAAAAUAACAAACCCUUCUGUAAUGAUGCUAGUUUGUAGGAAUAUCGUAACAUACGGUAGAAUAUUGUUCACUGUCAUUUGUUAUCAUUCAUUUGUUGCACUUUUUCCAUCAUGUCAUUAUGUACUCAGGAUGUUUUGAAUGGAUCAAAAGGUUUUCAAUAUUCCAUGCCACAGUGCAACAAUUUUAUCUUCUUUUCAUACAACUCGCUUGAAAUGAAAUACAUGAUUGACUGAAUGACACAUGACUGAAUAUGUGUAUUAUCCAAUUCAGUUUCAAUCUGAUUAACCUACCCGAUUUAUCUUACAAUGUUUCAGGUUUGUAUUUGUGAUUGACAGUUCACAAAGUAAGACAGCCUCUUGUAUAAUCAAAAAUCACUGAAACUGUCACUUCCCGUUAUAUUUGUAGAUGUCAUAGUAAUACAGGGCUCGAUAUUCACACUAUCCCACUGACCUGGGUCUAGUAAAAUGUUGACAGGACCAGUGCAACUUUGAUAAGUGCUAUCCCGACGGUCUAGCAGAUAUUUAAGGCUGUCACUAAGAGUCCCUUAGCAGGACCAGUAUGAAUCUGUAAGGACCAGUGAUUUUUAAAAGUUACUGGUCCUGUGGUCUUGUUUGGGAAUUUGGGUGAAUGUCAAAUCCUGGUAAUAUUGACUUCGUCAUUUUCCAAAUAUUCAUUAUGUACAUGAUUGUAGUAUGCCAGCUAGUCCUCACCAGGUCAUAUAUACAUACAUAUGAUACUGGCAUUACCAUUCUAGAUAUUCACAUUGAUUUCUCUCACUUAUUCAAAUUAUGAUGCAGGUUUGUUUGCUUGGAUCAAGAGCCUCUCAUAUAAAUCAGCUUCAUUGAACAGAUUUACUAUGUACAAGAUGUACUCAUCAUUUACUGUUUUAUUGAUUGUGUUGAUUGCAACAUUAAGGUUGUUCUGUGCUUUCAUUGUUACGAUGUAAACAAUGGUGUCUACAGAACACAAUCCCAGUGAUGACUAGAUGCACAUGUCUCUAAUGAUACUCUAUUUGUUCUUUGUAAGAAAAAGCACCAGUAAAAUGCCUGGUUUUCAGUAUUUAAGCUGACAUGUUAAUGUUCACCGGUAAUAAUUCCUGUGCAAUCUCAUCUUUGAAAUUUUAUCACAGUGUCUGUACACUAUUUUUCAAACAUACACUGCAGUAUUUUACUGGCUAGUAAAGUCCAUUGUUUUCCUGAUUUCUAUCCAUUUUUGAAGAAGAUGUGUGGCGGGCAGGAAGAUGACUGUUCCCAUUACUGUUUUCUUUCUCUGUUAUAUACAGGUAUUGGACAUUGACUGAUAUAUGUCUUGGAGUGUACUUUAAGGGCUGUUUGUCUCCUCACUAAGUAGAAAUACAGCAUACCUUUGACUUGUAACCAAGCACUAACACUUUCAGUACCCAUGUUUCAGUAAGCCUGGUUAUAAGAAUGGAUCAUGCAAUACAAUUACGGAUGCGUAAUGGAAGGGAAGUCACAUCAGUGAUUUCCUGUCUUAAUAUGAACAUUUAUGAGACAGAUGUAGUAUCGCCUUUGUUGCUUUGCCAUAGUUUCACUGAGCUAAUUACUUCUCAAUGCUUGACAGUUUUCUGCCCAUCACUCAUGAGAGGUGUUGUGUCUACUCUUAAUGUUUUCUAUUGAAUCUCAAGAUACAUCAGUGCAAUUUCACAUUUUAAUGGUACAAUUAAACCUUAUUUUGGACUGGUUUAGUAUGUUAUGUUUAAAUAAUGAUUUGUUAGCACUAUUGCAUUUGUUAGAAAAAUCCAUCUUUAACUUCCUUUUAGUGUCACUAAAAUCCAUCUUUAACUCAGUCAACCAUCUUUAUGAGAUUUGGACUCACUAGUGAUGUGGAGGUAUUUUGGGGCAUUAUGAGGAUUAUUGUGAGGUGGUGAUAAUUUGUAAUAACUGAUGUUGGAGUCCUCAGACUGAUAAACCUAUUAUCUUUGCAUUUAUAAACAUCCCAACAUUUACGAGGAAUAUAUAAUUUUACUGUGGACUUGAUAAGGAACUGGCUUUCAGAAUGUACAACGUAGCAUUAAUACAGUGUUAAACGACACCAAACAAAAUGUUCAUCCAUGUUGAGGGGAGGUAAAAAGAUGAUCUCACAAAUAUAUUGUUUUGGGGUUUUUCAUUUACAAUUUCAACCUCUUCAUCAGCAAGAUGUCCCAGUGAGUUUAAUGUAUUGAUGGAUGUGAUGUGUGUAUAAUUUCUUUAGAUUAUAGAUGUAACUGACUCGCAAGACUUUCCAUGAAAGUUUAAUAUGAUAGUCAAUCAUUAUGUAAACCUGACCAAUGAACAUGGCAAACAUGGCUCCUUAAAUAUAGGCAUUUCUAGUUUCAGAGACAUUUAUUUGUAUGGUGAGUAACUAGAAAUAGUGUUGGAUGAAAUGAGGUUAUCUUUCCUUUACAAAGUGAUCUGAGCACUAGUAAGAUUAUUUUAUGUCACAGUUCUAGUAUGAGUGCCAAAAAACUCUUUCAAUUACUGUUGCUUGGUGUAAGUGGAUUCGGUGAUAACACAUGUUCAAUAUGUACUUGGACCCUUCACCAAACUUGUUGAAAGCUUAUUGAUAAAUUACACAGCUGGAAUUUAUCUAUGUAGUAUGUAUGUUUAAUGAAUUGGUUUAUGAGAUCAUUUUCUUGAUUGCAUGUUGUCAUUUUGAGGGUCAUGGAUGAUGGUAUAG